AUGCAGAUACUAAGUGGACUUUUGGCCGUUGCUAUGUGGCUCUUGGUUUUGGAUGGCAUCCAGGCGGCUCCGCAUGGACAUGGCACUAGUUACACGGUGGUAACCAAACACGAGCAGCCAGUGCUAUAUAAAAAGUAUGGAUACAAUGGCCACGAUCAACUAGAUUUUGUUAGUGCACCGUAUGGAGCUGGCUAUGGCAUUGCGUCGUAUGGCAAAUAUGAGCCAGAUCAUUAUCCCAAAUACCAAUUCGAUUACGGUGUGGAUGAUGCCCACACAGGCGACCAUAAGAGUCAGUGGGAGACCCGUGAUGGAGAUAAGGUUAAGGGCAGUUACUCUCUAAAGGAAUCCGAUGGAACUAUUCGUGUGGUCCACUAUACGGCCGAUGAUCAUAAUGGUUUCCAGGCUGAGGUUAAGAAACUGGGUCAUGCCCACCAUCCUGAGGUCUAUGUCAAGAGCCAUGGACAUGGCGAUAUCUAUGGAGCUGGCUAUGGUUACGGUUAUGCUCACCCAUACAGUCAUGGACACGGCAAAGCCAGCAGUUAUGUGAGCGUAAAGCAAUUGCAUUAG